UCGGCGUCAACGACACUCACUGAUCUCCAACGAAGCAAUGCCAUUUGCCCCGCUCUUAUCCCCUCCUCCUCUCCCGCUCUCGUCUCUCCAAAUUCUCCCGAUUUCUCUCUCUCCGAUUCCUCAGAUUUCAGUUCCAAACCCUAGAACCUCCUCUCCUCUUCGCUCUCUUCGAUUCCCAGCGAGAAUCCGCGAUCGAACGGUCAGUUUCUGUUCCCCGAUGCUCGGCCCCGUCGACGAACCCGACGCCGCUGAACGAUUUCUAUCUCAGGACUGCCUAUCAACUGCAAGGGCAUAUUGGGUUACAAGAUCCCUCAUCGCCUGGAAUGUCGGUGAUGAUGAGGCUGUAGUGUGGCUCUAUGCUAGUAGGAGGGCUAACUUGGUUCUCACCGAUGAAGGAGUUGAAGGCCAUGAUUCAAAGGUUCUGCUUGAACAAGAACCGUGCGGGCUUCCAGAAAAUGUAAUUCAAAAGUUCCCUCAUAUCAAACAUUAUAAAGCUUUUCAUGUCCCGCUUUCGGUGGAUGUUGGAAGCCUUGUUAAAUGCCAGUUAGCAGUUGUAUCUUUUUGUGCUAGGGGAAAAUGCAAGAAUGCUACUGGAUUGCAAUUACCCGGUGUAUUAGAUGACAUGUUUGCAUAUAAAGGCCCUCUUGGGGCGGUAUUCAGUGAGGAAGCAAUUACACUUAAUCUUUGGGCUCCUACGGCACAAGUAGUAUGCGCUCAUGUCUAUAAGGGCCCAUUAGGUGAAGAUCAACUGGAUCCUAUGCAACUUGAGGAGGUAAAUGGUGUUUGGAGUGCUGCUGGACCAAGAAGUUGGGAAGGUUGUUAUUAUGUGUAUGAAGUUUCAGUCUACCACCCAAGCACCUCACGAAUUGAGACAUGCAAAGUGAAUGAUCCUUAUGCUAGAGGACUAUCAUCAGAUGGGAUGCGCACUUUGCUGGUCAAUCUUGAUUGUGGAAAGUUUAAACCACCGGGAUGGGAUGAUCUAGCAAAUGGAAAGCCAGAGUUUCAUUCCUUUGCUGACAUCAGUAUCUAUGAGUUACAUGUUCGGGACUUCAGUGCAAGUGACGAAACCGUGGAUCCAAAUUUUCGUGGAGGUUUUCUGGCUUUUACCUCUCAGGAUUCAGCUGGUGUAUCACAUCUAAAGAAGUUGUCAGACGCAGGUCUGACUCAUGUGCAUUUGUUGCCCUGUUUUCAAUUUGGUGGUGUUGAUGAUGAUAGAAUCAAAUGGGAGCAACUCGAUUAUGAUGAGCUCUCGAAACAGCCUCCCGAUUCGGAUAAGCAACAAGGCGAAGUUACUUCUAUCCAAGAUCAAGAUGGUUAUAAUUGGGGGUACAACCCUGUGCUUUUUGGGGUUCCAAAAGGAAGCUAUGCUAGCAACCCAAAUGGAGAGAGUCGAAUUAUAGAUUUCCGGAAGAUGAUUCAGGCACUUAACCGCAUCGGCCUGCGUGUUGUGUUGGAUGUGGUUUACAAUCAUUUGUAUGCAAGUGGUCCUCUAGACUUAUCAGCUGUUAAAUUGUAGGUUGUUCCUGGAUACUACCUGAGAAGAAAUGUUGAUGGUUAUAUUGAGAACAGCGCGUGUAUAAAUAACACUGCCAGCGAGCAUUUUAUGGUAGAACGCUUAAUCAUUGAUGAUCUCUUAUGCUGGGCAGUUGCUUACAAGGUUGAUGGGUUCCGCUUCGAUCUUAUGGGACACAUCAUGAAGAGCACCAUGGUGAAGGCAAAAUCUGCUCUACAAAGUCUCUCCAAGGAUGAAAAUGGAGUAGAUGGUUCAAAGAUCUACAUAUAUGGUGAAGGAUGGGACUUUGGUGAAGUUGCAAAUAAUGGGCGUGGGAUAAAUGCAUCACAAUUCAAUAUUGGUGGUACUGGCAUUGGGAGUUUCAACGACCGAAUAAGAGAUGCUGUUCUUGGUGGAUCACCAUUUGGUCAUCCGCUUCAACAAGGAUUUGUUACAGGUCUAUCAUUGCAGCCAAAUGGCUAUGACCAUGGUAGUAAGAGGGUCACAGACAACAUGCUAUCAACGUCAGUGGACCACAUACAGAUCGGACUAGCAGCUAAUUUGAGAGACUUCGUCCUAACAAGUCACACAGGAGCAGCGAUGAAAGGAUCUGAGAUUUUGACUCAUGAUGGGGUGGCUGUUGGAUAUGCUUUAUGCCCCACAGAAACUAUAAAUUAUGUGUCAGCUCAUGAUAACGAAACUUUGUUUGAUAUCAUCAGUUUGAAGACUGCAGAAGAAAUCUUAGUAGAUGAUAGAUGCCGAAUAAAUCAUUUGGCCACAAGCAUUGUUGCACUGUCACAGGGAGUGCCAUUUUUUCAUUCUGGUGAUGAGAUACUGCGUUCCAAGUCACUUGACCGCGACUCUUAUAACUCGGGCGAUUGGUUCAAUAGGCUUGAUUUCAGUUAUGAGAUGAACAAUUGGGGUGUCGGCCUACCUCCGAGAGAAAAGAAUGAAAAGAACUGGCCAUUGAUUAAACCACGUUUGGCAAACCCAUCCUUCAAACCUGAGAAACAUCACAUCCUUGCGGCACUUGGGAAUUUUAUUGACUUGCUAAAGAUUCGGUACUCCUCACCACUUUUCCGUUUGAGGACCGCAAAUGAAAUUCAGGAAAGGGUGUGUUUUCACAACACAGGACCUUCCUCAUGCCUUGGUGCUAUUGUAAUGAGUAUUGAAGAUGGCUAUGAGGGAGAACCUGGCAUGAUUCAGCUGGAUCCGAACUAUUCCUUCAUAGUUAUUGUCUUCAAUGCUUGCCCUACCAAAACCUCGGUAUCACUUCCCUCAUUAAGGGGAAGAGUGCUUCAGUUGCAUCCUGUACAGGUGGCAUCUUCAGACAAACUAGUGAAAGAAUCAUCUUACGAAGCCUCAUCCGGAUGCUUCACAAUUCCUCAGAGGACCACCUCCGUGUUUGUCGAAGCCCGUGGUGCCUGAGAAUAUUCUUUAGAGCCCAGGUAAAUUGUUAACUGAUUAUGUUCAGCUUCAUUGCCUUGUGGAGCAUAUAAAUGUUUCUAUUAAAAAGAAGAAAAACUACUCUGUUGUUCGCGUUAAUGAUAUGAAUGUUCAAUAUAAAUAAAUUUAACUAAACCCCCAAUAAGUUUGGGCCUUUGGCACUUAACCCCCCAAAAGUUUGAAACUGUCACUAAACGCUCAAUAAGUUCGGGAUUUUAGAAAACCCCCAAAACAUUUUGAUUUUUUUUCACUUAAUGACUAAUUUAUGAUGGUUAUGUGAUAUUCUUCUUGCGAACUCAAAAUAGGGGCUAAUGCUAUAAUGGGGUUAAGUGAAAAAAUAAAAAUAUUUUUGGGGUUUUUGAAAUUCCUAAACUUGUUGGAGUUUAAAAGGAGAUUCGAACUUUUUGGGUUAAUUGCAAUAAAGGCACAAACUUAUCGAGGGUUUAAUGAAUUUUGUGAAUCUUAUUGCAAUAAUGAGACUUCUCGGGCUGGGCUCUUCUGUAUAA